CUGGGGCUUAGGUGUACCUACUUUCAAAAUAAAGCAGGCUAUGAGUCAACAAAGUGAGCUAUUGAAACGUCAGUUGCAGUGUCACAAUAAAUAUCAGGAGUAUUCAUGAAAGGGUUUUGGCUGGUUCACAAAAUGUAGUUGAUAUGUUUGUACAUGUCGACACAAAUAGUCUUUGAAAGAUGGUUUAUUUUGAAACUUGUGAUGGGACGUCUCCUUGAUUUUGUCUAACUUCAAACUGUUCCUGUUACCACACCCUAAAACAAAAGGAAUGCAACACACCUUGUCAUUUAAGUUCUUAUAGGUGGCUCUGUCAGAGGAGACGUUGGUUCCUGGACAGAGGAGAUUUGGACCAAUAUGGAGUCCCCCCGCCUUAUAGGCCAGGGUGUAGUGGGCGUUGCAGGUCUGCAGGAGCCCGCAGCAGCCCCUGCAGGUAGUUUGCAGCCCCUUACUGAGGUUGUAGAUCCUGUUUGCAAGGUGGUGGAUGACAAGAUGAAACAAGGACAGAAGGAAGAAGCAGGAGAUGGCAAGUUGUACUCAUGCGACAGCUCUCUGUCCUCCUCGGACAGUGAGGAUGAGGGGUACAAGAAAGACAAAAAGAAGAUAAAGAAGAAGAAGAAGAAGAAGACAAAAAAGAAGAAGAAGAAGAAGGACUCAAGCUCAUCAUCUUCUUCCUCUUCCUCCUCCUCCUCCUCCUCCUCCUCCUCCUCCUCCUCAUCUUCUAGUAGCAGUUCAGAAAGUGACAGUGAGGAUGACAAGAAGAAGAAGAAAAAGAAGAAGAAGAAGAAGAAGAAGAAGGAUGAGAAGAAAGAGUACGUCUGGGACAGUGUGGUCAUUUACCAGACUGGUCCUGAUGGCCAAAUGGAAAAGCAGUGUGCAGAUGUUGAAAAGUUGAACCAGGAUCUUGACUCAUCAGAUGAUGAGAAUGAGAAGAAGAAAGACAAAAAGAAGAAGGACAAAAAGAAGAAAAAGAAAAAGGACUCAGGCUCCUCUUCCUCAGAUAGCUCCUCCUCUUCAUCGUCUUCUUCAGACAAUGGUGAGAAUGCCCAACCAUGUGCUGAUGGAGAAAAGAAGGAAGACAAAGAUGCUGAUAAGACCAAAGAGGAGCUACAAGCCAAAGAGGAGGGGAGAGUGUCCUCUACAGUGGCUGGGGCAAAGAUGGCGUUUUCUGAUGCUGCUGAGGAAGGUCACCUCAGCGAUGACGAAGGAGAAGGAGGGUCAGAGGGAUUCCGGCUGCUCUUCCUCUUCUUCCUCCUCUGA